UGACACAAGCAGGCACGUGCAAUGGCUGCUUAGGUAAACCCACGUGCUGAUAGCAAAAAGUUCCAGGUUGCUAUCGGUCGCGAUAAUAUUUUCACAAGUCUCAGAUUUCUUGGUUGGCAUCAGCUCGACUCCCUCGGUUUAUAUUUACACCUAGACCAAAGACGCAGUAAUGGGUCGCGAAUUACAGAAGAAGAAGAAUCGGUCUUCGAUCUCUAAGGUCAAGCUGAAACCCAAGUCCAAGAAGGUCAAUCCUUUGGGCAAUGCUAUCAUUGCGGCGAACUGGAACCAGAAAGAGACCCUCACUCAGAACUACCGCCGACUUGGCCUCACAUCCCGCCUGAACAGCGAAACUGGCGGCACCGAAAAGCUCAAACCAGGCACUGAAUCCAAAUCGUCAACCUCAAGCAAACUUGCAAUCACAAAUGCCAUCCCAAAGACCUUCACGCCCACCGAAGCUAGAGUAGAGCGGGAUCCCGAAACUGGCAAAAUUAUCCGAGUCAUCCACGCCAAAUCUCGUCCUAAUCCCUUGAAUGAUCCAUUGAACUCGGAAUCCGAAGAUGAAGAAAUGGGAGAGGAAUUUGAAGGAUUCGAGAGCGAGAAGGAAGAGGAGAACGAAAUUGUGAAACAAUUAGAAGAGCAAGCUUCGAUGGGAGCUCCGCCAGCGGAAAGGAAACAAAGUGAUAGAGAAAAAGAAUGGAUUGAGAGGCUGGUGGCAAAAUAUGGAGACGAUUUUGGAAAGAUGGCCAGGGACAGGAGAUUGAAUCCUAUGCAGCAGACGCCCGCAGACAUUAAGAGACGGGUUGGCAAGUGGAAGGCAAAAGGAGGGGUUGUCAGUGUCGAGAAUUGAGGCCUCAAAAGCGUUCUGGGAUGAAGUUUUUUUUGGACUUCUUACUGUGGCUGGAUUUUUGGCGUUGUGGAGAUUCUUGGACCGAAUACAUGACCUUACGGCCCGUACUUGUCAAGAAUGAAGGUUCUUCCCGAGUCCUCCAUCGCAAGUCGGACAUCCUUCUACCCCUCACCUGAGCAUCAGAACCUUAACAGCAUUUUGACUUUCUCCUCAAUCGUCUUAGAACUGGCAAGUGCUGACUCCUUCCCCUCUUCCAUCGUCAUUGUCAGAAAAUCACCUGACUGGAAGAAUCCAUUGCCGAAUAUCGCGUUCUAGAACAGCUUCUUUUCAACCCCACCU